AAAUAGAAGAUACGUGCCGGCGACGCUGUGAUAGAGAGAGAUAUAAAAGUGGAAGCUGAACAUUUGGGCUUACUAUGGCUACGUGAGUAUAGUAGUGCCGGCGGUUUUUUCGUAGUGUUUUACGUAGGUCUUGAUCAUCAGUACUACAUUUUGAAGCUCAUUCAGUUUACCAAUUAAGGAAGAGAUGAUUACCCUUCAGGUCCCAUCACAGUACGGCUACUGUGUUCUCGUUGCAGUGGGCUCAAUCUUUGUACUUAUGUGGAAGGGGAUCAAGGUUGGGGCUGCACGAAAGAAGUACAACAUACCAUAUCCAACAAUGUAUAGCAAAGACAAUGAUCAAUUCAACUGCAUUCAGAGAGCACACCAAAAUACGCUGGAGAAUUACCCACAGUUCCUAACUCUAUUAUUGCUGGGUGGUCUUGAACACCCUGUCAUAUCUGCAGCUGCAGGCUGUGUGUGGCUGGCCGGCCGCAUUGCUUAUGCAAAGGGUUAUUACACUGGCAAUCCAGCAAAAAGACUGCAAGGUGGUUUUGCAUACUUGGGACUUCUGGCAUUGCUUGGAACAUCAGUAAAGUUUUCUAUGCGUCUUUUGGGAGUAAUCUAAUGAUAUUGCACAAGUUGGUAACACUUCCAAUAGAGUUCAUAGACUGCAUCAUAAAGUAUUUUGCCAUUAUUAAUUUUUUGUGCUGAAUGUUUGUGUAAUUACAAUUUAUAUUUUGUUAAUAAACAUAUAUAACUAACCA